UCUGCAUUGAGUUUCCUGCAGCACUGCUGGUCUCACAUAUGAUUAUCAGUAAAAGUCUGUAGCUGGGAUCUCUCCUUACUACACUGCAUAUCCUCCGAUCCCAGACAUGUGUUGCCAACUGGAUACUUCAAAUGGGACAUGCUGUCUUCCACUGCUGCUUACGAGUAUUUGUUACCUCCAGGCUGUACUAUUUUAAUGAGAGUACUUAUAUUACUGUAAGAGAGGUUAACACACGUCAUCGUCCCUCUGUUGUUUAGAAGUGUCUGCACUGGACACCAAACAGUUUUUUAUCUGUCAAGAUCUCACACCGAUAGCUUUUAACACUUGAAUUUGAAUCUGUUUACCCUGUUUUUAUUUAAAAGAACCUGAAAAUGGUGUGUGUAUAUUAUUACUAUCACCGUGCCCAGUGUACCUUAAACACAAAUGAAGACCACUUAGAUCUGUGAAUCACCCUAUCAGAGCAAUAUUCGCUGAGUUAUUUUGGAGAAAUUCUUGAGAAACUAGUCAGAAAGACUGGAAAAUUUUCUCCAAUCGUUUAACAAGUUACUUGGAAUUACCACAAAGCUUCCUAAGAGUCCUCAAGCACGUGGAUGGAAGAUGGAAGAUGGGGGAGCUGAAUCAGAAGUCCAUGAUUUAAGCUUACUGUAAAUGUGUAAACACAGCUCCAGCCUAUUGUGAUUUUUCUUUUAAACAGCUGAUGUUUAGUUCAUAAUGCUUAUAUUUUUAGCCGAGUAAAAUUCAUCACACAACUACACUGCUCCUCUUUGUGAUGGUGGAACAGGAGCCUGUUUAUUUUAUAACACAGUAGACCAUCUCUCCUCAAACAACUAUGUGGCCCAUAAUGCUGUGAUUCUGUGAAUAUUGAGUUUAUUGUAGGCGAAUGUAGUGGUAUCUUUGUCCUGUUUAUUACAGUCUUGAGACACUAUGCAUGAGAUGGAACACACACACACACACACACCGUUUCUACACUGCUACAACUGUUUUCCUUUUCUCCGUCAUCCGAUGGAUCUCGAUCAGCACGUGGCCAUCACGUCACACGAGUAUCAGCACCUUGGACAGCAGCUUGUGUCAGUGCGCUGUGGAUGGAGCUCGUCUCUCUUCUCAGCUGCACGGAGGGAGGACGUUUUUUUUAAUAUUGUAACUGCACAGGUAAAGAAGUUUGUGCUUUUGAGCCUGAAAACCAACUGAAAAUCAAGUUUUAGCAUCCUGGAGAUCCUGGACCCAUCGCUGCAGCCUGCCACGUGAAUGGGGCAUUUUAUUGUCCCACUGAUUCAUAAGGGCGUUGAUUUAAAUCGGUGAAGAUGCUGCUGAUGAUGCUGCUGCUGCUGCUGAUGUGUUUUUAACAACCCGGAAGGGACAGCUGUUGUCGGCACCCUCUCUGUGUUUGUGCAGGAAUCCGUGUCUACCCCCUCUCCACUCUUCCUUAUGUGUGGCGCAGAGAUGGUUGGUGUCGUGAAAUACUUUUUUCUUAUUAUUGUUCACCAGAUUUGAUCUCUUUCGUAUCCAUCUCUAACGUGAAACGCUGCCGGAUUGUAACUUUAUAAAUGGGUUACCGGACCUGCUUAAAGGGAGGAAGGUGCGUGACGAAACAGACGGAUGCCACUGAAAGACAACAAAGAGUACACGCUUGUCACCUCGUGUAAUUUCACCUCCCAUGUAGAUAGCCUAAAUGUGAAACUCAAAUACAAAUCGGCUUUAACUUGUUGUAAAUAGGAUUUAAUAUCACCCCCCUCCCCCCUCAGACACCAUCGCUGCUCAUCUGCCUCUAGAAGAAUAGGCACCAACAUUUUGUUGGACAGCUCCUGCUUGUUUGAAACACCAAGAGGACCAGUUUGAACCUCGGGAUCCUCAAAAACAACCGGACUGAAAAUGUAGCCAUGAGAUGAUGCUGCUGCAUCCCUCUGACUUUAAUGCUGGUGCUUCACAGUUCGUUGCUUUCAGCCUCCAUUGAAUCCCGACAGAAAACGCCUCUAUCCAUGAAAAAUAAUCCUUCCCUAUUGGCUGGAUUGCGGUGCACAUGCUAUAACAACAGGAUAUGCAGAGAGCUAUGGGCUGAUCUAAUAGCCUAUCAUGUUUCCCGCAUGCUUUUUUGACCGAGAUCUGUAUUUUACUUAAUAGGAUGUGAACUACAUGAAUCAAGUGGUUCAGAAGCCAUAAUAAUAGCCUGAUCAUAAUAAUAAUAUUCAUGCUAAUAAUUUUUGAUGGACCUGCCACAGUCAAGCUGAAGGCUGUGUUGUUUCACAGAGCACGUGUGCCUGUGUAGUAAAGCUGCUGAAGAAUGUUUAAGUAUCGCAUCCGAAUGUUUUUCAGUGAACUCAAAGUGUUGCUACUGAUGCGCUCUGGAUCAAGCAGGAGGACUGAUACAGGCACAGACCCGGGCUCGCAGACCAGGAUGCGAGGGUUCGCUAUAGGGGGCUGUGGCUGGCCGCCGUUGAACUGCUCUCACCGGGACGAUGAGGAGGAAUAUUACGGCUCUGACCCACGGCCACGCAGCCUGGCAUUUGAGGAUGAUGAAGGAGCCAAACCCCAGGGAGGGAGCCUGGACGCCUCUUCCCUCCCGAGUCUCUCGGAAAGCGGGAUGCGAUCACCGCAGUGCCGGAUCUGCUUCCAGGGGCCGGAGAAGGGGGAGUUGUUGAGCCCGUGUCGCUGUGCUGGCUCUGUGCGCUGUACUCACCAGUCCUGCCUUAUCCGCUGGAUCAGUGAGAGAGGCUCCUGGAGCUGUGAGCUCUGUUACUUCAAGUACCAGGUCCUGGCCAUCAGCACCAAAAACCCACUGCAGUGGCAGGCCAUUUCCCUGACUGUGAUUGAGAAGGUGCAGAUUGCGGCCAUUAUCCUCGGCUCCUUGUUCCUCAUUGCCAGUAUCUCCUGGUUGGUGUGGUCCUCUCUCAGCCCCUCAGCCAAAUGGCAGCGGCAGGACCUUCUCUUUCAGAUAUGCUACGGCAUGUAUGGCUUCAUGGACGUAGUUUGUAUAGGCCUUAUAAUCCAUGAAGGGUCGUCUGUUUACCGGAUCUUUAAGCGCUGGCAGGCAGUGAACCAGCAGUGGAAAGUGCUGAAUUAUGAGAAAGCGAAGGACUUAGGUGACCCCAUCAGUUCCAGCAGUAAAGGCGCUGGUCGUGUUGAGAGGAACUCUUCUCACACUGUGACAGACAGCGGCCGGGGGGCGAGUCGACACGUCAGGACUAUUCUCAACCACCACUGUGGCUAUACAAUUUUGCACAUCCUCAGCCAGUUAAGACCCAACAACCUGCACCGUACCAACCAAGAGGUGGUCAUGAGGGUGACGACUGUAUGAGGCUGGGUUAUAAAAGUGCUCCGCUGUUUGAAGAGGAGAAGUGUUGAUUAGGAUUUAAUAAAAUAUUAAUACAUUUAAUAAAAAUCCUAACCUGCCACAUUAA